AUGGCGCUCGAAGCGAAGGAAAUUGAGCUUAAGGCUAAAGCUCUGACAAAGGCCGCCACGCAAAAUGAGCCAGCGGCUACCAUCGUAUCACUGCUGAAGGAACUACAGUCAGGCGUGAAGGCAACGGAGGAUCUCCUGCGGUCAACUCGCGUCGGCAUCAUCGUGAACAAGUUUAAACAGCACAAGUCGCCCGAAGUCGCCCGUCUAUCUAGCGAGAUCGUCUCGAAAUGGCGGAACGAGGUCAACAAACAAAAGGUCAGCGGGUCGCCAUCAGUCAGCCAGCGAUCGAGCGGAUCGCCGCGUCCCGCCCCGAAUGGCGCCGCGUCGCCCGCCGGGACAACGCCAUCGGAUAAGAUGUCGAAGCUGUCUGUUCCCCCGGACAAGCGGACCUGGAAAGCGGACGGCGUGGAUGUCAACCAGACCUCCAACAAGAUCCGCGACAGCUGCAUCGGGCUCAUGUACGACGGGCUCUGCCUGAACUCCACCGAGUCCCCACGCGCAGUUCUGUCCAAGGCCUGCGCGGUGGAAGCGGCGGCGUUCAGCGCCCUGGGCCCAGAAACCAAGGAGCAAUACCGCACAAAGAUCCGCAGUCUGUACCAGAAUCUCAAGAACAAGUCCAACCCGACGCUACGCACACGCGUCCUCGCGAACGACGUAACCCCCGAACAAUUCGUAAAGAUGACGUACGACGAGCUCAAGUCGGCCGAGCAGCGGGAGCAGGACCGCAAGAUCCAGAAGGAGAACAUGGACAAGGCCAUGGUCGCGCAGGCCGAGCGCAGCAUCAGUACCAGUCUGCAGUGCGGCAAGUGCGGACAGCGCAAGGUCACCUACACCGAGGCGCAAACGCGCAGUGCAGACGAACCGAUGACCUUGUUCUGUACGUGUAUGAACUGUGGAAAAUCAUGGCGGCAGUAA